GGGGGACCGGCGCGUAGUCCUCAGCCGAGCCGAGCGGCCUAGCAGACGCGCGCGCUGCCUGUCUCCGACGCCUCGGCUUCUCUUCAGCCGAUCGGUGCGGCCAUGGCCUGGCAGCGGCGGCCCGAGGCCGACAUUCGAGCCCGAGGCGCGCUGGCGCUGCUGGCCCUGGCCUUGUGCUCGCCCGGGGCUGGGAGCCAGGCGCUCGAGUGGUACUCCGCCGUGGUGGGCCUCGAGUAUGUGGACCCGCAGACGAACCAGACCGUGUGGAGCGUGUCGGAGAGCGGCCGCUUCGGCGAUAAUUCGCCCAAGGAGGCCGCGCAGGGCCUGGUGGGCGCUCCGGCCGGAGACCCCGAGGGCUGCGCGCCCGACGCGCGCUUCUUCGUGCCGGGCGGCCGGGGAGCGGCCCCGUGGGUCGCCCUGGUGGCGCGCGGGGGCUGCACCUUCAAGGACAAGGUGCUGGUGGCGGCGCGGAGGAACGCCUCGGCGGUAGUGGUGUACAACGAGGAGACCUACGGGAACGUCACGGCGCCCAUGUCCCACGCGGGAACAGGAAACAUAGUGGUCAUUAUGAUUAGCUACCCAAAAGGACGAGAAAUUUUGGAUUUGGUGCAAAAAGGAAUUGCAGUAAAAAUGACCAUAGGGAUUGGCACCCGGCACAUGCAGGAGUUUAUCAGCGGUCAGUCUGUGGUGUUUGUGGCCAUUGCCUUCAUCACGAUGAUGAUUAUCUCAUUAGCCUGGUUAAUAUUUUACUAUAUACAACGUUUCCUAUAUACGGGGUCACAGUUUGGAAGUCAGGGCCAUAGGAAGGAAACUAAAAAAGUUAUUGGCCAGCUUCCACUUCAUACAGUAAAACAUGGAGAAAAGGGAAUUGAUAUUGAUGCAGAGAAUUGUGCAGUGUGCAUUGAAAAUUUUAAAGUAAAGGAUGUUAUCAGAAUCCUGCCAUGCAAGCAUAGUUUUCAUAGAAUAUGCAUUGACCCUUGGCUUUUGGAUCACCGAACAUGUCCAAUGUGUAAACUUGAUGUCAUCAAAGCCCUGGGAUAUUGGGGAGAAUCUGAGGAUGGACAGGAACUGCCCUCUCCAGAAUCUGCCCCUGUCAGCAUCUCUGCUGGGAAUUUGAGUGUGACCUUCCAGGAUGAGGACAGGAGCAGCGUGAGCAGCCCACUGUCAUCUGCCACUAGUGAAUCCACACCACCGUGCCCUGCCAGUUUGAAAGAAGAUGUAGGAGAAGACACAGCAUUACUAGAAGCUGGCCGGAGCGACCUUCAGUGUGGAGGACCAGCCUGCUAGCACCCAUCUUCACUGAUGGCAUCACCAACACAGCCUUGGCUUGAACUAAAGGACAUUUUAUUUUUUUACUUUAGUGUAUAGUUUGUAUGCUUGAAAAUAAUGUACAUUAUUUUACCUUUCAGGUUGAUAAACAAAGGGCUAAGAUAGUUUAUUGUUAAAAAGACCUUUUGAUUAGUCUUUAUAUAUUUAUCUAUUAAAAUACUGUGUUUACAAUAAACUUGUUUUAGACUGUCACAAAAGACAACACCUAGGGAAGAUAUUUUAAUGUGGAGAACAGGUGUUAUUUCUAAAUUCUAGACUAGCUACUGUGGUACUGUAACAAGAUUAAUUCUAUUUCUCAAGCUUUUUAAACAAAAUAGACCUAUUUUUACACUAUUGAAGUAGAAUUAUGUGAUUAUAGUAAUUGAUCAGAUGGGCUUUCCCUGGAGGAAAGACUAUUUUAGAACUUUAAACUUCUGAGUUGAGCAAUCUUUCUAAAUAUAGUGGAGUAGUCCUGUAAUCCCAGUUUUGGGAGGCUGAGGCAGGAUGGUCCAGAAUUUGAGCAAAAAGAAGACACUGUCUCAAAAUGAAACAUUGAUGGGGGCAAAUCUCAACUUGCUUGCACAUAUCUGUUUUGUACGUAGAAACUUUAAAACCUGAGGACAUGUUUCCAUUGUUUGGAGCUGUGGGAAAAGCACUAGCUGACAUAGGAUUUACAUUUUUCCCUUUAUUACUUCAUUGGAGACCUUGAUGGGAAGGGAAAUUUGUCCACUUUUUCCUGCAAACCCAAGAUUCUUGUAUUGCACAUUAAGAACAUUAAAAUCUUCAUUAAGAAAACAA